CCCUUAUAGAAUCUGCUGUAUUUUAAUUGGGUGGCUGCCGUGACAGUAAAUUCAAAUGCAGAUGCCAGUUCUCGUUUUUUACUCAUUUGAACGCACAUCUCCUUCAUUGGUUAGAUUUGAUGAGGGUGGGGUCUCACUUAAGAGUCUUUUUGACGUAGCGCUCGUUCAGAUGGGUUUUUAUCAGAGACGCAGUCUGUGUUGGUGCAGAAAAAAAAGUGCCCCGAGACAAUGAUUGAGGAGAAGAAAACAGUUUAACGAAGUGCUGAGGAGGUUAGAAAUGUUUUGACGUUGCUGUCAAGCCCUCCUUUUUUUUCUUCAGAUGGAACAGUGCCCUUUCAUCAAGUUGAACGUCAGCUGAACGUUACGAACAGUGGCUUCAUUAGUCUGUGGUCUUUUUCCACUUUUCAACACAAGUAUGACCAGAAGACCCGCGCCCUGACGCGCCCUGGUGCGCGCAUGCUGCUGGACCGGGGAGUGUGCGAACUAGUAUGAAGCGCCAUGGCUUGGUGUGACCGCGGGGUUCAAACGCUGCUGGCCACAGCCGGGGCUUUCGCCGCCUUCAGCCUGAUGACCAUCGCCAUUGGCACGGACUACUGGCUCUAUUCGCGGGCGUACAUCUGUAAUGGCACCAACGCCACCACAGACGAGACCCAGACUCAGAUCAAAACUAAAAAAGGCGAUCUCACACACUCGGGACUGUGGAGAAUUUGUUGCAUUGAAGGCAUCAAUCAAGGCAGCUGUUACAGGAUCAACCACUUUCCUGACGACAACGACUACGACACAGACAGCUCUGAAUAUCUGCUGCGCAUAGUUCGGGCCUCCAGCGUGUUCCCCAUCCUCAGCACCACCCUGUUGAUGCUUGGAGGCUUGUGUGUCGGUGUGGGGAAAGUGUACAACAAGACAAACAAUGUACUCCUUAGCGCAGGCAUUCUUUUUGUAGCCGCAGGUCUGAGCAACAUCAUCGGCAUCAUCGUCUACAUCUCAAGCAACGCCGGGGACCCCAGUGACAAACGAGACGACGACAAGAAGUACACCUACUCUUACGGUUGGUCGUUCUACUUCGGCGCCCUCUCCUUUAUCGUGGCCGAAACCGUCGCCGUCCUCGUCAUCAACAUCUACAUCGAGAAGAACAAGGAGGUCCGCUGGAAGGCGCGGCGCGAGUUCAUCCGCUCGCUCUCCACUUCCUCGCCGUACUCCAGGAUACCCAGCUUCCGCUACCGCCGGCGGACGUCGCGCGCCAGCUCGCACUCCACGGAGGCCUCUAGGGAGAACUCGCCUGCGGUCGGUAUGAAGGGGGCAACAUCUUCCAGCGGGCACUUGGAUGAGCUGUCCAUGUAUGCCUUGGCGAGGGACAGCGUGACUGAGAACACGUACAGCCCCGAGCACGAGGGCAGCGCUGAAUUCCUGCAGGUCCAUAACUGUUUCCCAAACGAUUUAAAGGAUGGAGUGAACCGAAGGACCACGCCUGUGUGAGCGGGAGGCUCGGGAAGCUCAAGGUUGACCUGAAUGGAGGGUGCAUAAUCAGCCGUGUGGUGUACUGGAGCAGCCUGCCAUGUGACAGCGAGUCUCUCCGUUUUUGAAAGGACCAAAAGGAGACAAGAGGACAGUUAGAAGGACAGAAUAUGAGCCAAUUACCAAAACGGCAGCAGAAUUGCUGGCUUUUAGAGUGCUUUGAAGCAGAACAUGUUACCAAGGUCUGUGCUGUAGCCCAUUCAAAACUCACUUUAUUUUUGAACCGUUCAGAUACGAACAGUCUGUUAAUCCCAUUCAAUGUUUUAUGUAAGAUCCCCACAUUUUCUGUCUGAACCUGAGAGUGAAACCUUCAGGUUAGCAAUUCACAUAUACUCUACGUAUGAUUCAAACAACAUGGUGCUAAAUGAAACAUACUCUUCUAGUGUGGCGUUUGUAUGUGGCGUUAUCUCUAAUUACUCAUUGUAUCCCAUGUUAUGCUCUAAAUACAGCCUUGAAAGAGAGUCAGCGUCUUUACAAAAAUAUAUCCUCGCUAAACUGUGAUGUACUGAAUGUUUAGUAUUUAGGCAUAUUUUAUCUGUGUAUUGUUUCCUCGGUAAUCCCUGGCCCCUUUGAAGGUGGACAGAGAAUGGAGCAACAUUUUACAAAGUGGUGAGGGGGUUACACCUGCAUAAGACACUGACAUUCCUCCGCUACCUUCUCAUAUGGAUGUACCUGCCCAAGAACAAAGACAAUUAUGUUUUUGGGGGAGCCUGGGGUUAAAUAAAAUAAGAAUUAUAAAAAAAUCACACACACACAACAUAAGUCAGGACUUCUUUUGGCUUUGAAAAGAGUCUUGGCAUCGAGUCUUUAACGGAUAAUGAUCAGAGCCAAGCAGAGGAUUCAUGUCUGUCUGUCAGAGACUGAGCGUCCAUCUGGCAGGCUAGCCUCUCCCUCAUCAAACAGAGGCCCCACACAGAAACAGAAGGGAGACGUGUGGAACUGCGUCUCCCAAGGAUUUUCCCCCCUUCCGUCUACAAGAUGUGUGCUGUCCUGCAAGUUCCUGACUCUGCUCUGUGUGUUAGUUUGCUCAGGAAAUACAGCAAAGUCGUGGAAGGUUGAACACUUUGAGGUCCGCGUCUUGCUUGGUGGUCGUGAAAAGCAAACCGGACCGGUGACAGAGACAAACCUUGUGAAGAACGACUGCAGAAAAGCAAAAAUGCCAUUGAAUUCUUUAGUAAAUACUGUGAGUGUUGUUCUGAGCACGCUGGGCUCAGGUGACCAGAGAUUGUCUUAGUGGAGAUAAAACUUCAUGCUAUCAAGCUGAGCACAAAAAAAAAA